GCACAGGUGGGUGGCACUGGUGGGCACAGGUGGGUGGCACUGGUGGGCACAGGUGGGUGGCACUGCUGGGCACAGGUAGGUGGCACUUCUGGGCACAGGUGUGUGACACUGCAGAGUGGCACAGGUGGAUGCACUGCUGGGCACAGGUGGGUGCACUGCUGGGCACAGGUGGGCGGAACUUGCGGGUGGCACUGCUGGGCACCAAUCAUCAGGGCACUGAUCAUCAGUGAUCCUCAUGAUCGGUGCCGAUCCCCGCUCUGACAACUGCCGGUUCUCGGCAGUACUUUCCUCACGAUCUGACAGCGUGAGGAAAGUGCAGCCGAGAACCGGCACUUGCAU